AUGUCGGCUUCAAAAGGACGCGUUCUUCUUGCUUACUCCGGAGGCCUCGAUACCUCGUGCAUCCUUGCUUGGUUGAUUGAGGAAGGGUAUGAGGUCCAUGCAUUCAUGGCCGAUGUUGGCCAGGAAGAGGAUUUCGAGGCCGCAAAGAAAAAGGCACUUGCUGUAGGAGCCAAGAAGUUCUUCUUGGAGGAUCUCAGGCGCGAGUUCGUUACCGAGCUGAUUUACCCUGCGGUGCAAGCAAACGCGAUCUACGAGAAUGUCUACCUGCUUGGCACCUCGCUCGCUCGUCCAGUUAUUGCUCGUGGAAUGAUCGCCGUCGCCGAUAGGGAGGGGUGCGAUUUUGUUUCUCACGGCUGCACCGGGAAGGGUAACGACCAAGUCCGUUUUGAAUUGGCGUUCUACGGUCUCAAGCCCGAUAUCAAGGUCAUCGCUCCCUGGCGCAUUCCCGCCUUCUACCAUCGUUUUGCCGGCCGUCAGGCGCUCCUGGCUUACGCCGCAGAGAAGCAGAUCCCUGUCCAACAGACCGCUGCGAAGCCUUGGUCCACCGACGAGAACCUCUUCCACAUCUCCUAUGAGGCCGGUAUCCUGGAGGACCCCGACACCACCCCUCCCACCGACAUGUGGAAACUGACCGCCGCCGUCGAAGACGCGCCCGCCACCCCCGAGCGCAUCUCGAUCGAGUUCAAAGCCGGGCUCCCGGUCAAGGUCACGGCGGGGCCCAAGACGCACACCGACGCGGUCGAGAUCUUCCUCGCGCUCAACGCGCUUGGGCGCAAGCACGGCAUCGGGCGCAUCGACAUCGUCGAGAACCGCUUCAUCGGCGUUAAGUCGCGCGGGUGCUACGAGUCGCCCGGCGCGACGAUCCUGCGCGCCGCGCACGUCGAUCUCGAGGGCCUCACGCUCGACCGCAACGUCCGCGCGCUGCGCGACCAGUUCAUCACCGUCGAGCUCAGCCGCAUCCUUUACAACGGCCACUUCUUCACGCCCGAGCGCGAGUUCGUGACCAGCGCGAUCCCCGCGAGCCAGCGCACCGUGAACGGCGUCGUCCGCCUGAAGCUGUACAAGGGCAACGUCGUCGUCGAGGGCAGGUCUUCCGCGGAGGGCCUCUAUGACGAGAAGGAGUCCUCUAUGGAUGAGCUCGGUGGCUUCGAGCCCACUGACACCUCUGGUUUCAUCCAGAUUGAGUCGAUCAGGAUUAAAAAAUGGGCGCAGGCCAACAUCCGCAAGGGCCAGGCCGGUGUCGAGCCCAAGGAUGUGUACGGCUCUAGGGUGUAA